AGGAGGAGAGAAUGGUGUGAAUUUCUAUCCUGGACUAUCAUCAAAAAUCAUGUUUAACUAACUUGCUGGAGUUUUUAGAAGAGGUAACAGAGGUUUUGAUGAAGGCGAUGAUAAAAUGUGAUUAACAUGGAUUUUCAAAAGACAUUUGAUAAAGUGGCACACAACAGACUUGUGAACAAAGUUAUAGCUCAUGGAAUAAAAGGGACAUUAGCAACAUGGCUACAGAAUUGGCUGAGCGACAGGAAACAGUCGUUGGACAUUUUUCAGGCUGGAAGCAGGUUUGUAGUGGAGUUCCCUGGUAUUUCCUCAACUUUUUCUGACUCCAGUGAUUAUGGUACCUUUCCAGCUUCAGGCUCCAGCAGGAGACCGUUCAGAUGCUCUCACUGUUGGAUGGGGUUCAGGCAAUCAUCUCAACUCACCAUACACCAGCGCAUUCAUACUGGGGAGAGGCCAUUCACCUGCUCCGACUGUGGGAAAGGAUUCACUCAAUUAACCUACCUGAUGACACACCAACGUAUUCACACUGGGAAGAGACAAUUCACCUGCUCUAUGUAUGGGAAGGGAUUCACUCAGUCAUCCACACUGCUGAGACACCAGCAAGUUGACAAGUAACAACAGUGAUUGGAUUUUGCUGUUAAUCAUAUCCAGGAUUGAACCAUGUUCUUUGGGCACUAUGUCUGUUGAUGUUAAUAAACUCCAGCCCAGCUUGAUGUGCUCAUAUUCUCGAUAAAGUCAAAUACAUUAGCUUUAUGUUAAACCCAAAAGUUAAGUCUUUUAAUAUCACUAACACAAGUUAGUUUCUUUUGAAGCGCUCUCCCUCUCCCCUGUCUCCUCCAUCCUCACCCCCAGCAAGGGUGAGAAUUCAUGGAACUUCUUUGUCACUAAGAUUGAGACAAUCCCAUCAGCUGCCUCUGCUGCUUCCAUCCCUUCCACUGGUCCACCGGGACGAACUACCUCUAAAGUUGCCCUACUCCAAGCCCUAAACCGCACCUUUCUCUACCUUUUCCCUAUCUACCCUCAUGCCCAUGAGACCCACCUCUUCGCUCAAUCCUUUUCCCACUAAACUGCUGAACACUCCGCUUGCCCAUGUUCACUGAUGUUGUUCGCAGUUCCCUUUUCUCGGGUAUGGGGAACAAAAGGACAUAAAAAACCUGAACAGGAGGAGAUCAUUAGGCCCAUUGAGCCUGCCCUAUCAUUCAAUAAGAUCUGAUCUGAUUGUGGCCUUAAUUCCACUUUCCCACCUACCUACAUAACCCUUGACUCCCUUGAAGAUAAAAAAUCUGUCUAACUCAGCCUUGAAUCUAUUCAGUGACCCGGUCCCCACUGCUCUCUGUGGAUGAGAAUUCCAAAACUAACAACCCUCUGAGAGGAGAAAUUCCUCAUUUCCUCCUCGUAUCUUCACAUGAACACACCUGUGAUUGGACAAAAGCCACAUGAUUGUGUAGUUCUCAUUGGUAGCCUCAGGGGAGUGAGUUGGGGGUGUUUCCAGCAUAAGAACAGUCCUCUCAAGGGGUUUAGUGCAGUGGAGUAAAAAAACAACAAAGGGAAGAAGACAAAGAAAUAAGAAAGAAGCAAGAAACCUGGAAACUCCACAAGAAAACCGGAAGCUAUGAGGAAAGAAGUGCGUUCUGCUGUCCAGAUAUGAUACGGGAAGUAUAGAGCUCACAUUAUUCUGUAAAUUACUGCUUAAACUUUACCUUUAGUCUGGAAGUUUGUCCUGCCUUUCUCUUAAUAAAGCUGCUCAAUAGCUGAA